GGGGAGGGGGCGGCGGCAGCAGAGGCGACAUCGUUAUUUCCGUGGCCUGGGCGGUGCGUGGCGGCGCGGGUGGGCACAGGAGAAGUAGUGGGAAGGCAAACUGAGUCCUGGCAGGUGGUGGUCUGUUACAUGAGCAGCAGUAUCGUCAACGUGAGAUUUAAUUGCAUUAGAUAGCUUUUUGCAGUACCGUCCUUUGACUCAGAAAACUUCUGCUUAAACAGUCUAGCAUAAUGGUUAUGAAAGCUUCUGUAGAUGAUGAUGAUUCAGGAUGGGAGCUCAGUAUCCCUGAAAAAAUGGAAAAAAGCAAUACAAGCUGGGUGGACAUAACUCAAGAUUUUGAAGAAGCAUGUCGAGAGCUGAAGUUGGGAGAACUGCUUCAUGAUAAGCUAUUUGGUCUUUUUGAAGCUAUGUCUGCUAUUGAAAUGAUGGAUCCCAAGAUGGAUGCUGGCAUGAUUGGAAAUCAAGUUAAUCGAAAAGUUCUCAAUUUUGAACAAGCUAUCAAGGAUGGCACUAUUAAAAUUAAAGACCUCACUUUGCCUGAAUUGAUAGGGAUAAUGGAUACAUGUUUUUGUUGUUUGAUAACAUGGUUAGAAGGCCAUUCCUUGGCACAGACAGUAUUUACGUGCCUUUACAUUCAUAAUCCUGACUUUAUAGAAGAUCCUGCCAUGAAAGCUUUUGCUCUCGGAACCUUGAAAAUCUGUGACAUCGCAAGGGAAAAAGUAAAUAAAGCUGCUGUUUUUGAAGAGGUAAGAUUAUGUAAUAAAGGAAUUCCUGAAGCUAGUUGACUACCUUAUUAACUAUGAUGUAUUUAAAUGAUUUUAUCGUACAUAUUUUUGCCUACUUGUAUAGGCAGAGAACAGUUUGGGGUUUUUUGGUAGUACUAGGGUUUGAACUCAGGCCUUGUACUUGCUAGGCAAGUGUUCUACUGCCUGAGCCAUGCCCCCAGUCUCUAAGAACAAUUUUAAAGGCAGUGUUAUUACCAGGUGUGGUGGCACUCAUAUGUGAUCCCAAAAAUCAGGAGGCAAAGGUAGGAGGAUGGGAAGUUCAUGGUCACCAUGGGCUACAAAACAAGACUCAGCCUUAUAAAGAGGAGAAAAAAGUGAUGCUGUUGUUAACUACAAUAUAUCGACUACAGUAAUUCAGUUCUGUUCAACAAAGUACCAUCUAUGUGUGUAUAGUGGUUCGAAUGUCAUGGACAUUCACACAGAAAACAGAAGGUGGUUCCUUCCCUCAAGUGUUUUGUAAAUUACAACACAAAAAAGGCUAUUCUUUCAGGGUUUGGAUAAGAAGAAGCUAAGAAAAGCAACAAUAUGAAAAAUAUUUUAGAGUAUAUACAUUUUCCUCCAAUUCAUUCUGAGUAGCUAACCCAGAACAAGGAAGUAUUGUGAA